CCUUCCGCUCCUCUCACCAUCAACACCCACCACCACUUACUCUGUAAAAUUACGAGCAUGUCAGGCGUAGCAAGAAUGCCCUCGUCCUCUUCGUCUUCUUCAAAAGGCAAAUUCAGCGUACGAUCAGGAGGAGCCUCUUCGUCCAAGCAGAUGCUGCCUCCUCGUCCUUCAGCUGCAAAGAAGCGAGCGAGGUUCGGUUCUGAUGUCAAGGGAGCAGAUGAGAGCGAUGCUGACGACGAUGUAGAUGAUGGCGACGUCGGUAUGGAUGACGAUGAUGAUGAUGAUGAGGAAGCAAUCGGGGCUGCCAAUGCCGCUGCUGGCAAGAGCGACAAGACUGCGAAGCGCAAGCGACGAGCACUGGACUCAAGCGCCUUUGGCUCGGCCCUCGACGAUUUCCUUGGCCUGGGAGACGACGAGACUUCAGGUCAAGCGCAAGACGAGGAUGAAGAGAGCGCACCGGCAGCCAAGAUUGCCUCAUCGUCGACUACCAAGCCCGUCCGCAAAGUCGACCAGCAAAGCCGUGUCAGCGCUAGUGGACAAGCGCCCAUCUUUUCCCUCGCCCCCUCAGUACGGUCGCGCAUCUCGUCGUCGACCCUUUCCGCAAAGGCAGGCCGCGUAGCUACAGAGGAACGUCGUGCCCGCAUGGAUCGUUUCCGAGUGCGCGAUGUCAUUGGUGGGUGGGGGCCGCCAGGCGUCUUGCCUGAUGGUACUAGUCUGGCAAAGGCAAGGACGGCCGAAGGCAGUGACGCCGAAGAUGAUGCAGUCGAUGACUUCUCGUCGAAACUGCACGAGCGUGCAUUGAGGAAGGUCGCACAACGCGGUGUGGUCAAGCUCUUCAAUGCGAUUCGAGCUGCGCAGUCUACUUCCCUGCCGGAUGAAGAAGACGACGGUGGCGCUGCCAAGAGGAGGGCAGACAAGGAUCUGGCUGUGACGACUGCGGCGGGAAAGGAGAGGGAGGGCGAGGUGACGUCCCGUAACAACGCCUUGGGCGGCAAGGGAAGGCAGCUCAACGAUUUAAGCAAGGCAAACUUCCUUGACCUCCUCAAGUCGGGCAAGGGGACCGCAAAUCCAUCGCGUGUCAAGGCGUAGUAGAUGCAAGUACGAGAGCAAUGCAUCACAAUUGAUUUGCGCCGUCUACAGUCUGGAAUUGACAAGGAUGCAACGGAGGGCACUCAUCAUUUGCUCUCAAUUGCUCUUGAGCGUCCUCUGCUUCUCCGCCGCCUCCACCAGUCGAUCUCCCAUGACCCUCAUCCCCUUUCGUCUCCUGACCGCAUCCACGUAUCGCUUAGCAAUAUUCUCCCUCUCUCCCUUGUCACCCAAGUCCUCCAACUCCUCCUCGGUAGUUGGCACCCAGAACGGGUCUUCAUCGUACACUUCAAAGCCCCUGAAUACCAACAAUGGGGUGGCCGCCCCAGAGGUACGGGUCCGGAUCUCGUCUGCAAAUCCAAAUGACUCUACGACGGGAAGUGAGGCCGUGAUCACGAAGUUGCCCAUCCCACC